AUAGAAGACCCCGCGAGGAAUUUAAUCUUCAGAACUGAGAGUCAGUGUCACGGAAAUCUACCGAAAAAUAACUAAAAUGCAAUAUAACCAACACGUAUCGCUCUGCUUGAUCGCACUUGUCUUGGGACAAGUCGCGACAUUACCGCAACAUUCUCAAUACACGCUGCAAUACCCGCAACCAUAUCAACAACAACAGAUCAGAGAGGAGAGAAAAUUCGCUGAGAAACCGAAUGCGAUGAAAAAAGUGGCGAUUGAUGAUCUCGAGGAUAUUAGCACUAAUCAAAUUCAGGAAGGUAGCAGCAGCGGUUUCUCAUGGUCUAAUAUGUUAGGAAUGCUGAUGCAAAUGCUGCUAGGUCAGACCGGAGGUGUAGCUGGACCCAGUAAAAAUGAGAUAGACGAUGGUACGACUGUGAGUCCAUGGACCAAUCUGCUUUCCGUGGGUUUGAGAGUCCUCACGGCACUGCUGGGCGGACCUCAACAACCAGUGGAUGGUAUUGACAAAGUGGACAAUCAAAGUAGUCCCAUGCAGGAAAUUUUGACUGCGGUGCUGGGCGCGUUUCUAGGACAGGGCAGAGAUCCCGAACAAGUUGCUGUAAUGGCGAAAAAUGCUUCUGAGCAGUUCAUCAGUAUAGUCAUCAAUCUACUGGACGCCCUGAAAACAUCAUUCUCUCAUCGUUCUUUGACGGCUCGCUCACUUGGAAGACGCGACACCGUUUCCGAAGCUGCUAUAGCGUCGAUCUCUAUGCUAAAGGGCUACAUGAGAUCCGUCAAGUCCUUUAGUUACGUAGGUCGUGCGGAGGAGGAGGGACAGCGUGGAUGUGCCGAGAGGGCACUUUGUGAGGCUAGUGCGGAAUGUAUCGCCGAUACGCAAGGUCCAUCGUCGAUUUUCUGCCAACUUGGAUCGUACGCAACGAGUUAUUUCCUGCAGAGGCAAAGCGGCGUCGGCUUUGAGGCCUUAUACGAGGCAGGACGACGUGGUCGCACAGGCGAGGAUUGCAGAACUCUUUUUAUGGAUUGCAACGCUGUAUAAGGCGAGUUUAAUCCCCAUAGCGUUCUGUCGAACGUAGCUUAGAUUCCGCGGGAUUCUCUUUGCCGAUCAAAAUUAAUUUGAAGACUUCUCAUACUACCCGUACAUUCUGUGCUUUAUCUUCUGAUCGAGAACAAUGUGAAACUACUCGAAGCUAUUUGUAUACAUUACAAAUAAUUAAAUAAUAUAAUAUGAAGGUUUUAUAAAUUAUCGGAGAAACGUCUAAAAACGUCAUGGUUGGGUCUUUUUAUAGGAUCUAAUUUUCGAACACUCCGAAUCUUUUUUUCGUCAAGCAUUCGAAUGACACGUAUUUUCAACGGAGUUUCCGGCGUCCUAUAACGUAAAUCAUGUUAAAACAAAAGUAUAUAGAGUUUUAAUCAUCAUAUUCAUGGGUGUGCACCGAGCCGGGAUUCGCAUCGAAUCUCGCUAGCUCCUCGAGCUCACGGUUGAACAUUUCUUCAGACAGAGAAUUCGUGUGUGUACACAUGCUCAAUAAUGCAGAUUUAUUAAACAUCAAUCUGCGAUUCCAAUGCGAACAAACAAGGCACACUUGAUGCUUUAAUCCCGCCUGUCUCGAGACCAAUUAGAUUAAAUUUUUUGAUUGAACAAGUUUAAACAAGUUUGUUAAUAUCUUUAUAAAUUAGCUUCUAAUAAUACAUUUUGGUCAAGUUUUAUUUACUAAAGUUUCUCUUGUUUUUUUUUUCCUAUUUGUCACAUUAAGAAUUGUACGUAUAUUUUUUCGUAUCGCCGAGUUUCGCCACAUCGAUUAUACAACUAUAUGACUAUAUUUAUUUCUAUUUAUUGUGCGUGUUAAACGUAGAUGUAGUAUUUGUGGUUGGGACUCGGUGCGAGUUCUGGUCGUUCCAGUAUUUUGACGACGAUGACUAUUAUGUGCAGCAGGAAUUUUAUAUAUGAGUAUAUAUAAAAUUGUUGAUAUAUUUUAAGUUUGCGAUCAAUAAAAUUGUUUUAACAUCUGAAAUGUAAUAUAUAUUUUCAAAAUAUAAAACUGUGAAUAAUGAAAG